CUGCACGGAAUGGCGGCGCUGCUCGCCCUCGCCAUGCUCCACAACAGAACCCUCGUGCCACUUCCAGGAACCUUCCAGCCAGCCAACAACCAGGUGUGCAGAGAGUUCCAGCCAAUGGGCGGCAUGGGCAGCGAUGGUAGCGUGGGCGACUGGGGCUGCUUCUUCUUCCCCAUCGCCUCCCCUCACUGCUCUGCUGACAUCAGCGCUGCUAUGGCAGCCAGUCGCAUGCCGCCAUGUCAAAGCGACACCUCUCAGUUCGAGCAGCUGGCCACGUCAGCAGAUAGGGUGGUGUGUUUGGAUGUGUCUGACGUGGACCAAUCCAGCAGUGCUGCUCUCUCAUCGGUGGAGGCCCGAGUAACCAAAAUCUGGGGAAGGCCGCAUCUGGAGCAGCAGGCACAGAGGGAGUAUCUGGGGGAGGUGCCACCCACAGAUGAUUUCAGACAGCAGUCCUCCCACUUGCUGUUGAUCCAUGCCGCUCCAUCCACCCCUCCUGUCUACCCUGGCAACGAGGCCACCUUUGCGCGGCACAAUGAAGGGCACCGCUGGUGGGCACCGCUGGUGGGCACCGCUGGUGGGCACCGCUGGUGGGCACCGCUGGUGGGCACCGCUGGUGGGCACCGCUGGUGGGCACCGCUGGUGGGCACCGCUGGUGGGCACCGCUGGUGGGCACCGCUGGUGGGCACCGCUGGUGGGCACCGCUGGUGGGCACCGCUGGUGGGCACCGCUGGUGGGCACCGCUGGUGGGCACCGCUGGUGGGCACCGCUGGUGGGCACCGCUGGUGGGCACCGCUGGUGGGCACCGCUGGUGGGGCACCGCUGGUGGGCACCGCUGGUGGGCACCGCUGGUGGGCACCGCUGGUGGGCACCGCUGGUGGGCACCGCUGGUGGGCACCGCUGGUGGGCACCGCUGCAACGUGCACUGGUGGCGGGCAUGGGGUGCCCUGCCCAUUUAUUCUGCCUUCCCCCUCGCCUCGCCCCCUCCCUCAGCUGCACUGGUGGCGGGCGCAGGCGGUGCGCUUCAUGCUGAGGUGGCCAUCAGCCCAUCUCUGCCACGUCAUCAACCAACAGAGACACACCGCCUAUGGCAUGCACGUGGCCAAUCACAUUGCUUCCCUCCCAGCCAUCUACGCCUCCAUCCUCCAAUCAGUAGCUGCCACCUCAGCAGGCCCAGCCGCCGCCCAGAACCUCCCCUUGUCAGCUGAAGCAUCAGAUCUUUCAACGCUAGAUCUGAUUCCGGGAUCAAAUCCCGACUCACAGCCAAGGGCGAGCAGCAUGGGGGUGGGAUUGGAGGCGCGAGUGUGGGGAGCGAGGGGGUUCGACAGGUGCAGUGAGCGGUGCAGAGGGGUGGGGAUGGGCGAGUAUGGUCGAGUAGGAGGGGAGCCGCUGUUUGUGGUGCGACCCAUGGUGGGCGUGGUGAUGGGGGGGAGUGGGGGCACGGGGGUUGGUGGAGGAGGACGAGGGGAGGAAGGAAGAGGAGGAAGAGGUGUGCUGACGUCAUCAGGGAUGGGAGUGGGAGUGCAUGUGAUGGCAGCGAGUGUGCUGCGGCUGAGCGAUGUGGACGUGAGGCACAUGUGGGUCAGCUGGCAUGCGCAGCUGGCAUGCGCAGGUGAGGCACAUGUGGGUCAGCUGGCAUGCGCAGUUGAGGCACAUGUGGGUCAGCUGGCAUGCGCAGGUGAGGCACAUGUGGGUCAGCUGGCAUGCGCAGGUGAGGCACAUGUGGGUCAGCUGGCAUGCGCAGGUGAGGCACAUGUGGGUCAGCUGGCAUGCGCAGGUGAGGCACAUGUGGGUCAGCUUGCAUGCGCAGGUGAGGCACAUGUGGGUCAGCUGGCAUGCGCAGGUGAGGCACAUGUGGGUCAGCUGGCAUGCGCAGGUGAGGCACAUGUGGGUCAGCUGGCAUGCGUAGGUGAGGGUGAGGGUGAGGGUGCACAUGGCACUGGCAAAGCUGGGUGUGGUGUGGGCAUUGUAAUUUGGGGCCUGCCACCGCCCAACACCAUGCACCUGCCCGACUGGACCCUCUACAUGCCCUCGCCCUCGCCCCCACCCACCCUCCCCUCCUCGCCAUCCACCCCACACCACCUCCUCCAGCAGCAAGCACCACCUGCCCCUGCUGCCGGCACAGCAGCGCUGUCCUCUUCCCCUGCUUCUGAGAGCGCUGCAGCUGCAAUAGGGCCGGCUGCCCCUGCGGCCGGUGCAGGCAGCACAGUGGGUGGUGGUGAGAGUGGUGGGAGCGAGGGUGCCGGAGGAGGGAGUAUGGACGGGGCAGUGGAGGCGGGAGGAGAUGGGUGGGGGGAUGGGGAGCGGAUGGCACGGCUGGUGGUGGCGGCGCAGUGCGAUGCGUUCGUGGGCAUGCAUGGGGAUGAGUGGGCUGAGCUUUUGGAUGAGAUGAGGUGCACUGGGGGUAGAAGACAGUCGCGGUUCGUGUUCAUUAAUGUUCCAUGA